AGUCUAAAGAUUCUGAUUAGUUCUGGCACAGAGCACAGCUCAGCCUGUAGCAGCAAUGAUGAAAUGCUUCUCCCUCACUUUGCUUGUUAGCCUGUCAUUUAUCAAGAAUUCAGCAGCAGCAGCAGCAGCAGCAGCAGAAGGCCAUUGGUGCUAUGAAAUCCAGGCAUGUCAAGAUCCAGGCUAUGGACCCAGGUUUUGGAACAAGCCCAAUACAUUCUGCGGAGAAAAAGAGCAAUCACCAAUAAAUAUUCUCACCAAAAAAGCAGUUUUUAUGGAAUCCCUCAAAGAGUUUGACCUUAAAAGCUAUGGUGUCAGUAUACGGCAAUUGAAUGUUACAAAUAAUGGCCAUUCUGCCCAAGUAGACCUGCCACCAGGUAUUGAAAUUUCAGGAGGUGGACUUUCAGGAACUUAUGACGCAAUACAGUUUCAUUUCCAUUGGGGCAGUGAAGAAUUUCCUGGAUCUGAACAUACCAUAGAUGGUGAAAAAUAUCCAAUGGAGCUUCACAUAGUUCACAGAAGAAAAACUGCCAAAGCUGAUACCGGUGGCACGGGCAGCAGGGAUCUGGCUGUUCUUGGAUUCUUUUAUGAAGAAACUUCGACUAAUAAUACUGACUAUGAACCACUAAUUAAUUCCUUAGAAGCCAUUAGAACUAAAGGUGCAGUUAAAAAUUUCUCGGCUAACCUGACAAAACUGAUUCCAGAUAAGGAAGAACUUAAAGUUUACUACAGGUACAAUGGGUCACUCACCACCCCUCCAUGCAAUGAGACUGUCACUUGGACUCUAUUCAAUACAACUAUUAAACUGAGUCAACAACAGCUUCGGGCUUUCUAUAACAGCCUAAAUUUUACAGAAAACCAACGCAUGGUGGAAAAUUUCCGGCCUGUGCAGAGACUGGGCGAUAGGACUGUUUACAUUUCAAGCAGCCAAGCGAUUUUGUCCUCUUUCCGGUCUUUGUUCAUCUGCUUUAUAGUUUCUCUCCUCACAAUAAUGUCAUAACCAACGAACUGAACUUACUGUCCAUAAACUAAAUAUUUCUGUUGGAAUUCACACAAGCAUCUUUUAUUUUAUCCCAUUGCAUAAAAAUGGUUUACUGUAACAAUGGAAAUUCAAUCUUUAUCAUUUAGGAUGUGAUUCUUAGGAACAAUACAAACACAACUUUAAGCAUUAUAAUUUAUUUUGUCUUCUACAUGAAAAGUGUUCAGAUAUCAUAUAAUUAACAUUUAGGGGCCAAUUCACCAAGGGCCGAAUAUCAAGGGUUAAUUAACCCUCGAUAUUCGACUGGGAAUUAAAAUCCUUCGACUUCGAAUAUCGAAGUCGAAGGAUUUAGCGCAGAUAGUACGAUCGAACGAUCGAAGGAUUAUUCCUUCGAUCGAACGAUUAAAUCCUUUGAAUCAUUCAAUUCGAAGGAUUUUAAUCCAACGAUCAAAGGAAUAUCCUUCGAUCAAAAAAACUUAGGAAAGCCUACGGGGACCUUCCCCAUAGGCUAACAUUAAGUUCGUUAGCUUUUAAAUGGCGAACUAGGGGGUUGAAGUUUUUUUUAAAGAGACAGUACUUCGAUUAUCGAAUGGUCGAAUAGUCGAACGAUUUCUAGUUCGAAUCCUUCGAUUCGAAGUCGUAGUCGAAGGUCGAAGUAGCCCAUUCGAUGGUCGAAGUAGCCCAAAAAACACUUCGAAAUUCGAAGUUUUUUUACUUCGAAUACUUCACUCGAAGUUAGUGAAUCGGCCCCUUAUUGUAUUUUAUUUAAAACUGUAAAAAAUUUCCGUUUUAAAAAAAAAA